AUGCAUUCUGUUGCAACUUCUACAUACCCCUCUGGGGGCACAUCCCCAGCACCAGCUGAGACCCCAGGGACAGAGUACAGUGAAUAUGAAUUCUCCAACGACGUGGCGGUGGUGGGAAUGGCCUGCCGCGUGGCGGGAGGCAAUCACAACCCCGAGCUUCUCUGGCAAUCGCUCCUCAGCCAGAAGAGUGCAGUGAGUGAGAUUCCACCGAUGCGAUGGGAGCCUUACUAUCGUCGGGAUCCGCGAAAUGAGAAAUUCCUCAAGCAAACGACGUCGCGUGGUUAUUUCUUGGAUCACCUGGAAGACUUUGACUGUCAGUUCUUUGGAAUCUCCCCUAAGGAGGCCGAGCAGAUGGACCCCCAACAACGAGUCUCCCUGGAAGUGGCAUCGGAAGCCCUGGAGGAUGCCGGUAUUCCUGCCAAGAGCUUGUCUGGGAGCGACACAGCGGUCUUCUGGGGUGUAAAUUCAGACGACUAUUCCAAACUAGUGCUGGAGGAUCUGCCGAAUGUCGAGGCCUGGAUGGGUAUUGGCACCGCGUACUGUGGCGUGCCUAAUCGCAUUUCCUAUCAUCUCAACCUGAUGGGACCCAGCACUGCCGUGGAUGCGGCCUGUGCAUCGUCUCUCGUCGCCAUCCAUCAUGGAGUUCAAGCCAUCCGGCUUGGGGAAUCGCAGGUGGCUAUUGUUGGAGGUGUCAAUGCCCUCUGUGGGCCAGGCUUGACCCGCGUCCUCGACAAAGCGGGGGCCAUCUCGUCUGAUGGAUCUUGCAAGUCCUUCGAUGAUGACGCCCAUGGGUACGCUAGAGGUGAAGGCGCCGGCGCCCUCGUCCUCAAAAGUUUACACCGCGCAUUGCUCGACCAUGAUAACGUCUUGGCUGUCAUUAAAGGCAGUGCAGUAUGCCAGGAUGGUAAGACAAACGGCAUCAUGGCCCCCAAUGCCAAAGCGCAACAGCUAGCAGCACACAAUGCUCUCGCCGUUGCGAACAUAGACCCUCACACCGUGCGCUAUGUGGAAGCCCAUGCCACGUCCACACCCCUGGGCGACCCAACUGAAAUAUCCGCCAUCGCAGGCGUCUAUGGCGCCGACCGCCCCGCCGAAGAUCCGUGCUACAUUGGGUCCAUUAAACCCAAUAUUGGUCACCUGGAAGCUGGUGCAGGCGUCAUGGGCUUCAUAAAAGCAAUCCUGACCAUUCAAAAGGGCAUCCUGCCGCCCCAGGCCAACUUGACAAAGCUGAAUAGCCGAAUCGACUGGAAGACAGCUGGCGUGAAGGUCGUCCAGGAGGCCACCCCGUGGCCCUCCUCGGACCCUAUCCGGCGAGCAGGUGUGUGCUCGUAUGGGUACGGAGGUACCGUUUCCCACGCAGUUAUCGAGGAGUUCAGUCCUAUCCUGCAGCCCGACCCCCUGGAUGACGGGGCAGUCACCGGACCAGGCCUUUUGCUAUUGUCUGGGCCCCAGGAGAAACGCUUGGCCCUACAGGCCAAAACGUUGCGAGAGUGGAUCACUGUUGAAGGGAAGGAUCAUAAUCUGAGUGACAUUCUCACCACUCUGGCUACGCGACGAGAUCACCAUGACUACCGAGCAGCGCUUGUGGUUGACGACCAUCGUGACGCUGAGCAGGUCUUGCAAUCAUUGGCCAAUGGAGUCGACCACAUUUUCACGACUCAGAGCCGUGUGUUAGGCGCAGAUAUUAGCAAGGACGUUGUCUGGGUGUUUUCCGGGCACGGUGCGCAGUGGCCAGACAUGGGAAAGCAACUAAUUCACAAUCCUGUAUUCUUCAGAGCCAUUCAGCCACUCGAUGAGCUAAUCCAAGCUGAGAUUGGCCUUUCGCCCAUAGAGCUGCUCCGGACGGGCGACUUUGAAUCAUCUGACCGGGUACAGAUUCUUACCUAUGUCAUGCAAAUCGGGCUCAGCGCCAUGCUUCAAAGCAAUGGUAUCACUCCACAGGCCGUGAUUGGCCACUCCGUUGGCGAAAUCGCGGCCAGUGUUGUGGCCGGGGCUUUAUCCCCAGCAGAGGGCGCGCUAAUUGUCACCCGCAGAGCGUUGUUAUACCGACAGGUUAUGGGCAAGGGCGGCAUGAUCCUUGUCAACCUCCCUACUGCCGAGACCGAAGAGAUCUUAGGUUCCCGAUCAGACCUGGUUGUGGCCAUUGAUUCAUCGCCUUCUUCCUGCGUUGUGGCUGGAGACAAGGAGAUGGUGGCCGAGACAGCAGAGGCCUUGAAGGCACGGGGCGUGAAAACAUUCACUGUUAAGAGCGAUAUUGCCUUCCACAGUCCAACCCUGAAUGGCCUUGUGGAUCCUCUGCGCAACGCGCUUGAGAAGACUCUGUCCCCCAUGAGUCCGAACAUCAAGUUGUAUUCCACCGCACUGGUAGACCCUCGCGGCCAGGACCUGCGCGACGUGGAAUACUGGGCUGGCAACAUGGUCAACCGCGUCCGUCUCACCUCGGCCGUCAAGGCCGCUGUUGAGGACGGAUAUCGCCUCUUCCUUGAAGUCUCAACCCAUCCAGUGGUGUCUCACUCUAUCAACGAGACGCUAAUGGAUGCAGGCAUGGAGGAUUUUGCAGUUAUUCCGACUCUCCUUCGUCAAAAGCCAACUGAGAAGUAUAUCUUGCACAGCAUUGCACAGCUUCACUGCCGCGGCGCGGAAGUAAACUGGUCGGCGCAGAUGCCUGGACGCUGGGCCACCGGACUGCCCACCACGACCUGGAUGCAUAAGCCCAUCUGGCGCAAGAUAGAGACAGCGCCCCUCCAUACAGGCCUCACGCAUGAUGUCGAGAAGCACACGCUUCUAGGACAGCGCAUCCCAGUGCCCGGCACUGACACCUUUGUCUACACCAGCCGGCUGGACAACGAAACAAAGCCUUUCCCCGGCAGCCAUCCCCUGCACGGCACCGAGAUCGUUCCGGCAGCGGGUCUUAUUAAUACUUUCUUGAAGGGCACCGGCGGCCAGAUGCUCCAGAACGUGGUGCUCCGCGUUCCCGUUGCCAUCAACGCGCCACGAUCUGUCCAGGUCGUAGUGCAGCAGGACCAGGUGAAGGUCGUGUCCCGGCUGAUUCCGAGUGAGCCCUCGCUGUUGGAUGACGAUGCUUCCUGGGUCACUCACACCACUGCAUAUUGGGAUCGGAAGGUAUUGGGUCCCGAAGAUCGCAUCGACCUCGCCGCCGUCAAAUCGCGACUGGUCACAAAACUACCAGACAACUUUUCGAUUGACUACUUGGACAAGGUGGGCGUCUCAGCCAUGGGAUUCCCCUGGGCUGUAACAGAGCACCACCGCAAUACCACGGAGAUGCUGGCGCGCGUUGAUGUCAACCCCGCCGUCCUGGGAGAUGCCCCAUUGCCGUGGGAUUCUUCUUCCUGGGCCCCGAUUCUCGACGCUGCCACCUCCGUUGGCUCAACUGUCUUCCAAACAGCUGCGCUGCGGAUGCCGGCCCAGAUCGAGCGCGUGGAGAUCUUCACCUCGGAGGAUCCGCCCAAGACCAGUUGGCUCUAUGUCCAGGAAGCCUCGGAUGCAGUGCCCACCUCUCACGUUAGCGUGGUGAGCGAAGCAGGUGAGGUCCUUGCGAAGUUUACGGCCAUGCGCUUCUCCGAGAUUGAAGGCACCCCUGGCGUCAGUGGCAGCAUGGAGAGUCUCGUGCAUCAGAUCGCUUGGCCACCGGCCACCCCAGCUGAAGAGCCCUUGUCCAUCACAACGGUGAUUCUGGUCUCACCCGAUGCUACCACCCGGGCCCAGUAUGUCGCGACUCUGCCAACCCAAAUUCAAUCCUUCCAGUUCGCCACCACACAGGACUUCUUCAAUAACGCUUCAUCCCUCCCACUGGAGAAGGGAACCGUGGUGACCUACAUCCCCGGUGAAGUUGCCUCACUGGCAGAGGUUCCCGCUGCAUCCGAGUCAUUCACUUGGAGCCUCCUCGAGCUGAUCAAAUUCAUCGUCAAUGGCUCAUUGCCCAUCAAAGUCUUCACUCUCACUGCGAACGUGGGCGAUGGUCAAACACCCACCGCCCUGGCUCAAUCCCCAUUGUUCGGCCUGGCCCGCAUCAUUGCAAGCGAGCAUCCUGAUAUGGGAUCCCUCAUCGACGUUGAAGAGCCUAUCAUUCCCCUGUCGACGAUGCGAUACAUCCAGGGGGCCGACAUCGUCCGACUCAGCGACGGAAUCGCCCGCACCUCCCGGUUCCGCAGCCUACCGCGCACCAAGCUGCUCCCCGUCAGCGACGGUCCUCGCCUGCUUCCCCGUCCCGAGGGCACAUAUCUAAUCACCGGUGGUCUCGGAAUACUCGGACUCGAGGUCGCUGACUUCCUGGUUGAGAAGGGGGCCAGGCGUCUGUUACUCAUCUCGCGGCGUGCCCUUCCCCCUCGCCGAACCUGGGACCAAGUUAGCACAGAUCUCCAGCCGACAAUAGCCAAGAUCCGCCUUCUGGAGAGUCGCGGCGCCUCGGUCCAUGUCCUUCCCCUAGACAUCACCAAACCGGAUGCGGUCGAGCAGCUGUCGACGGCGUUGGACCGCCUUGCCCUGCCUUCGGUCCAGGGUGUCGUACAUGCCGCCGGCGUCCUCGACAACGAGCUAGUGAUGCAAACCACUCGCGACGCCUUCAACCGGGUUCUCGCGCCCAAAAUUGCGGGCGCGCUAGCCCUGCAUGAAGUCUUCCCCCCGAAGAGUGUUGAUUUCUUUAUCAUGUUUUCCUCCUGUGGAAACCUGGUCGGUUUCACUGGCCAAGCCUCUUACGGCAGCGGUAACGCCUUCUUGGAUACACUGGCGACCCACCGGGCGCGCCUAGGCGACUCGGCCGUAUCCUUCCAGUGGACGUCGUGGCGGGGCCUGGGCAUGGGUGCCAGCACGGACUUCAUUAACGCGGAGUUGGAAUCCAAAGGAAUCACGGACGUGACGCGCGAUGAGGCCUUUGCUGCCUGGCAGCAUCUCGCCAAGUAUGACAUGGACCACGGAGUUGUAUUGCGAAGCCGCGCCUUUGAGGAUGGGGAGCCGGUGCCUGUGUCCAUCCUGAAUGAUAUCGCAGUGCGACGCGUGGGCGCACUAUCUGGUACCGCGCAGCUGGCUGCAGGUUCCAAUGGCAGUGAUGUGGUGCCUACGUCGGGACCGGAGCUCAAGACGUAUUUGGACGAGAAGAUCAGGGGCUGUGUGGCCAAGGUCUUGCAGAUGACACCUGAGGAUGUGGAUUCAAAGGCAGCCCUGGCUGAUCUGGGUGUUGACUCAGUCAUGACGGUCACUUUGCGUCGCCAGCUGCAGCAAACGCUGAAGGUCGCGGUGCCCCCAACGUUGACAUGGAGUCAUCCAACUGUCAGUCAUCUGGUGGUGUGGUUUGCCGAGAAGAUUGGCAAUUGA